AAUAACAUUUCACAGCGUUUUCAUAAGGGGGAAAGAGAACACAUUCCAGCGUUCGCUUGAAGACCAUGUUGAUUAAUCGUGUGUUAUUAUUUCAUUCUUAUAAAAAGGGUCUAGAUUAAAGGAGAAGAGGAAAAAAAAACACAGGAAAAAAGAGAGGAAAAUGGAGGAGUUUGAGAAACCACAAGUUUCCAUGGAAGAAGACACUGAAAUGGAGGAGAGCGAUGCUGUUGAAAACCCUAAAGCCAGUCAGAAAUCCAGCAGCGAUUCGGAGUCAAGCGAUUCAGAAGAGGAAGCAGAUCAGAAUGAACAGCUCUUAGCCCUAGAAUACGAGCUCUCCACCAAUCCUUCCAACUACGAUGCACAUGUUCAGUACAUAAAGCUUUUGAGGAGAAGUGCUGAAAUAGAGAAACUAAGAGAAGCAAGGGAAAACAUGAAUACGUUGUUUCCAUUGAGUCCUGAAAUGUGGAUGGAAUGGGCCAAAGACGAAGCUUCUCUUUCUAAUGAGUCCAAUUUCGAGUCAGUCGAGAAGCUUUACGAGAGAGGCAUCUCUGAGUAUCUGUCUAUCCCCCUUUGGUGUGAGUACCUAAAUUAUGUGCAAGAACAUGAUCCAAAAGUGCGUGAUUGUUUAGCUGAUGGAAUUUCAAAGGCAAGAAAUCUGUUUGAGCGAGCUGUUACUGCCGCUGCUCUUCAUGUUUCUCAAGGAUCUCAAAUAUGGGAUGCAUAUAUCCAAUACGAGCAAGCUAUUUUACUAACUAUUGACCAAUCUGACAUCCAGGCUAAAGAGAAACAGGUCCAGCGCAUACGGAGUAUAUUCCAUCGAUACUUGUCUAUUCCCCUUGCUAGCUUGAAGUCUACUCUUCUAGCCUACAAGGCAUGGGAGGUGGAGCAAGGAAAUUCCCUUGAUGCUGAACCUGGCGAUGUUUUAGGGAUUUCUUCCCAUGUUGCUUCGGGUUACCAGAAGGCAGAGGAGAUGUACAAUGCUCGUGCACAUCAUGAAGAACAGAUUACUAGACAGGAUAUAUCUGAGUCUGAAAGGUUUCAGCAUUACAUGAGCUACUUGGAUUUUGAAAAAUCUUUUGGUGAUCCAGCCCGAGUUCAAAUUCUGUAUGAACGUGCCAUAACUGACUUUCCUGUAUCAAAUGAUCUCUGGCUUCACUAUACUCACUAUCUUGAUAAAACCUUGAAGGUGGGAAAUGUUGUGAAGGAUGUUUAUUCCAGGGCUACAAGAAACUGUCCCUGGGUUGGAGAACUUUGGGUUCGCUAUUUGCUGUGUCUGGAGCGUGGCCUUGCUUUUGAGAAAGAGAUAUCUGCUGCCUUUGAGAAGUCCCUUAAAUGCACAUUUUCAACCCUUGAGGAGUACCUCGAUUUGUUCCUCACCCGAGUAGAUGGCUUGAGACGUAGAAUUUCAUCAGCUAGUGGAGAUGGUGUGUUGAACUAUUCAAUGAUUAGGGAAUCUUUUCAGCAAGCAGCAGAUUACUUAUCACCACACAUGAAGAACACUGAUGGUUUACUGCAUUUGCAUGCCUAUUGGGCCCGUUUAGAGCUGAAAUUGGGCAACGAUUUAAUUGCAGCUCGUGGUGUUUGGGAGAGCUUGCUUAAAACUUGUGGUUCAAUGUUGGAAGCAUGGAAAAGUUAUAUAGCAAUGGAAAUUGAAUUAGAUCAUAUAAAUGAAGCCAGGGCCAUAUAUAAGAGAUGCUACAGCAAAAGAUUUAGUGGAACGGGUUCAGAGGACAUCUGCCAUUCUUGGUUGCGCUUUGAGAGGGAAUUUGGAACACUGGAAGACCUCAACCAUGCUGUGCAAAAGGUUACUCCUCGUCUUGAGGAGCUGCAAUUAUUUAGGUUACAACAGGAAUCUAAAUCUUUCACUGGAGCAAUAGAUCAAAGAGAGCAGACCCUUAAGAACACAUCUCGUGAGAGGAGGAAACCAGGUUCAAGUGCAAUUGAUGAGCAGCCUCCAGCUAAGUGGCAAAAAUAUACUUCUCAAAAUAAGAAAUUGCACAAGAGAGAGAACACACAAGGGCUGAACUUAGCUGAAGCAAAUGAUGGGGAAGAGAAAGAAGGCAAGGUUGAGAAAAAGGUAAAUGAGAAGCAGAUGAAAGACACUAAGAAUACUACAUCAAGAUUAUAUAAAGAUCAGUGCACUGCAUUUGUAUCAAAUCUUAACAUUACGGCAAAAGACGAAGAUCUCCAUCAAUUCUUCAGUGAUGUUGGUGGGGUCACCGCAAUUCGAAUUCUGCAUGACAAGUUCACUGGAAAAUCAAGGGGACUGGCAUAUGUGGAUUUUAAGGAUGAUGAACACCUUGCUGCAGCUGUAGCGAAGAAUAAGCAAAUGUUUCUUGGAAAGAAGUUGAGUGUUGCACGGUCAAAUCCAAAGCAGGGCAAGAGAGAAUCCCUUGCUCAUACUGCACCUGGUGAAGAAGCUAGUAAUCAAAGUGGAGGCCACGGGAGAUCUGUAUCUAAAGAAUCUGGUGAAGAUUCAAAGGGAUCUAGAGGUCGUAAGCGCAUUGAGAACAUCCAGCUCAAAGGGAAGAACACAUUUGCAGUGCCAAGAAAUGUUAAACCACUUGGAUGGACUAACAAACCUGGAACCCGGGAAGAGGAAGAUGAGAAGCCAAAAUCAAAUGAUGAGUUCAGAAAAAUGUUUAUGAAAACCUGAGGUUCACUCUCAAGUUUCUGGUUAAGAUCAAUGCUCAGAAUGAAUGUUAUCCUAGUACAAAUUUUACUAGCAACACACCAAUUUUUGUGAUAAAUUAGUUGUGGGCUUUUAGUAACCUAUUAGGUCAAGGCUGCUAGACCUUUUUUUUUCCUUUUUUGGAUCAUAGCUAGACUGGCAUAUAAAUUGCUAGAAUUAAAUUUGGUUCUCAAGGUUAUCGAUGUCUUUAAGGCUCAGCCCACCCUUAGUAACGGCUAUACAUAGGUCUUUUCCUUUAUGUUUACACAUUUUGUUGAAGAUCGUCUACUGUCUUGGAAACAUUUUGCAGCUGGGUUUAGGGUGGGCUUUUAAAAUAGGUUUUUCAUCGACUUCAAUGACACAAACAAAUUAAACUA